UCCAGCCCGCAAUGUCUCUUAAUCUAAUUCACACCUAUGUAAAACAGAGUAACAAGUAUUCCACGAAAAGAGAAUGGCGAACUUUAAGAUCUUAUUUGUCUGCAUUUUAGCAUUUGUUCAUCUUGUUGUAGGCCAAUCUGAAGUUCCUGAUGCCAGACCACCCCCAUCGGAACGGUUGUACAAUAGUUCCACCAUAGAAAAUGUCAUUCUCGACGUUUCUUCCAGAAUUGGCGAUCCCACAAUCAGACAAAUAUUUCAAAAUUGUUUGCCAAGCACGUUGGACACGACUGUUUUAUGGACUCGAUCACGCAGCGCUGAAUUUCCCAUCCCAUACACCUACAUCAUCACUGGAGACAUUCAAGGUAUGUGGCUACGCGACAGUACGUAUCAAGUCAACCCGUACGUUCCAUAUGCGAGAAAUGAUUCAGAACUUCGCGAAUUAAUCCUCGGAUUAAUCAACACGCAGGCCGAGAUGAUUUUAUCUUAUCCAUUCGCCAACGCCUAUUUUCCCCUCGAACACUGGCAGGCGGAGAUAGAUCUACCCCCCCACAGUGCCGCAGAAAACGACACCGUACACCCGCCCCCCGACCUGACCAAAGUAUUCGAAGCUAAAUUCGAAGUAGACAGUUUAGCCUCGUUUUUAUACUUGACGAAAUAUUUUUACGAGGAAACUGGCAAUACUGAAUUCUUGGAUAACCCAUUUUGGAAAAAUGCUACUGAACUCGUCAUUCAAACAUUUCGUGACUUACAGGCCGGAACUUUAGAAGUGUUGGAUAAUGAGCCAUACAAAUUUACUAGACCAACCCGAACGCAAACAGAGACCCAAAAUUUAUACGGAUUAGGAAACCCGUCAAAAACUUGCGGUUUGAUUCGCUCCUUCUUCCGUCCUUCAGACGAUUCUACAAUAUUUCAAUAUUUGAUCCCAUCCAACGCCAUGGCGGUCGUGGGCUUGCGUGGGGUCGCCCAGAUUUUAAAUGAUGUCGGCAGAUUCCCAGAAUUAGCGAAUGAACUGAGUCUUUUAGCGACACAAGUGCACGUCGCAAUUACCAGACAUGGAAUCGUCCAACAUCCACAGUUUGGACAAGUUUACGCGUAUGAGGUUGACUGCUACGGGUCACAUUUGUUCAUGGACGAUGCCAACUUUCCAUCGCUCUUAUCUCUCCCUAAAUUCGGUUUUGUGGAGAAAGAUGAUCCAAUUUAUCUGAAUACGAGGCAAUACAUUUUGUCCCCUGAUUGGAAUCCUUAUUACGCACGAGGCCUCUACGGUGGCGUCGGUUCACCACACACUGGACUUCAACAAACUUGGCAUAUGGCCGUUUGCAUGCAAGGAAUGACCAGUUUGGACGAGGUGGAGAUGUCAAGAAUGUUAUGGACUGUAAGAAAUACGACUGCUGGAACCGGCUUCAUGCAUGAAAGCUAUGAUGUAAACGAUCCAUCCGAGUUCACGAGAGAUUGGUUUGCCUGGGCGAACACAGUGUUGGGGGAUUUUAUUCUCUACUUGGACAAAGAGUAUCCUCACCUUCUCCUCUGACGCGGUUCUGAUAUAACGAAUAAUGACAUAAUGUCCAAAUGGCAUCCAAAUUGUUACCAAGUAAAUUAUUAUGGAAACUGUUUUCAAGAAAAGUAUAGUUUGUCGAUUUUUUUCAUUUUUCAGCAAUCAAACCUGCAUUGUUUAACGACCGUUUUGUAUAAAUGCAUUCAAGCAUUGAGAAUCUAAUACUUCCAUAAUCAAAAAACAUAAAUUAUUACGUAUAAAUAUUUUCCCUAACGAAACAAAGAUAAACUUGAGCUAAUUUUAAGUCUAACCAUAAUACAAAAAUUACUUAUAUUGUCGCGAAGAAGUACU